AGUUAGUCGCCUCUGUGUGUUGCCGGAUGGUUCACUGUGGAAAUUUUUGUUGUGAAAAUUCAACACAUAUACACAUAGACAUUUUAAACGUCAAACUGAGAUUCCACCGGCAUUAACUUUGUUAUGAUUUGCAAAGACAAACAUUAAUUUACUUGUUCGCUUUCCGCGUUUAAGUGCCUCUCAUCCACAAUUGUUAAUUUUUUCAAAAUCGUAUACCUAACGAGUGGUUUUAUCAUGUAUAACAGCCUUGUGUACAGUUGAAAUUAUAUCAAAUGAAUCAUCAGUUUCAGUUGGGCAAUGUUUUGAUAAACAUCCGCAAAAUUGUAUAGUGAUUUACUGCGGUGGUCUGUACAGAAUUUAGUUUUUUGUUACAAUGGAAUCGACACGCAAAACUUUACCACCGAAUCCGCGUGAACAUUCGAAUAUUUUUUCGAUUUUAACUUUUACCUGGACGAUACCACUGUUCAAAAGGGGCUACACAAAAAUCUUAGAAUUGGACGAUAUAUUUCAGCCGUUGAAUGCGGAUAGAUCUAGUCUGUUGGGAGACAGAUUGGAAAAAAAUUGGGAGAUUCAAUUAACCAAACGGAAGAGACCGUCGUUACUAGCAGCCAUUUUAAAGACAUUUAGGAAAGAGCUGUGCGUUUUCAGCGGUAUCUGCUUUUUCAAUGAACUUAUCGCUCGGUUGGGGCAGCCCUUGCUUCUGGGUUAUUUAUUACUUUAUUUCCGCGAUAAUUCAACGAUCACAUUCGAAAAGGCUAUUUGGUACUCAUGUGGCCUAUUGCUAUUCAAUGCCCUCCAAGCGUUGAGCACGAACCAGUUUUAUAUGACGGGAUUUCACAUGGGCAUGAAAGUUCGGGUGGCCGUUUGCAGUGUUAUUUAUCGUAAGGCUCUGCGACUAUCACAAACCGCACUGGGCGACACGGCACCCGGUAAAGUGGUAAAUUUGCUAUCGAAUGAUGUGAAUCGCUUCGAAUGGGUGUCCAUACUAAUCAACUCAAUGUGGACUGGACCGCUAGUGUCGAUAGUUGUUGCUGUUCUACUUUAUAUGGAAAUCGGAUACGCUGGCUUGGUGGGCAUUGGAGUCAUUUUCAUUGUGGUUCCGAUCCAAAGCUACACAAUGACCCUAACAUCAAAGUUUCGUGCCCAGACCGCUUUGCGAACGGAUCAGCGUAUUCGAUUCAUGGACGAAAUUAUAUCCGGCGUCCAUGUCAUCAAAAUGUACGCUUGGGAAUUGCCAUUCUCGCAUCUGGUCGCCGUGGCUCGUAGACUUGAGCUGAAAAUCAUCCGGAAGACAUCGUUUGUUCGUGGUCUCUACAUGACGUUCGUACUGUUCACAACACGAGUCGCUGUAUUUUGUACAAUGCUUGCGAUCGUCAUUCUAUAUGGUGCCCAUGAAAUCACUGCCGAAAAAGUGUUCGUCAUGUCGUUGUAUUACACCAUCAUCGCGCUGACGAUGAAUCAACUUUUCGUGCGAGGCAUUGCCGAAAUUGCCGAAGUGCUGGUCGCUUUGAGGCGUCUGCAACAUUUCAUGGAACUUGAAGAGAAACAGACAGAAUCGAUCACUGAACUGUUGAGCGACACAAAUGUCGCUGUUUCCACGAAGAAUGCCUAUGCCACUUGGAAAAUGCCAUCCAAUAGUUCAUCGCAACAUAAGACCAAACAACAAAGAGAGGCAGACGAGAAAGAAACAUUUUACAAGGCAGCAUCGCCAACGCUUAGCAAUAUCAAUGUUGAGUUUCCCCGGGGCAAAUUGAUUGGUGUUAUAGGUCCAGUUGGAGCUGGGAAGUCCUCGUUUUUGCAGAUUUUGUUGCGUGAAUUGCCAUUGGAUUCUGGCACAUUGCGCAUCAAUGGAUCCAUUUCGUAUGCCAACCAAGAGCCAUGGGUGUUCGCCGCCUCUGUGCGUCAAAACAUUCUCUUCGGGAACGAUUACGACCACAAUCGGUACAACGACAUUGUGAAGUGCUGUGCGUUGCGUCCCGAUUUCGAACAGUUCGAAAACGGAGAUCUGUCGAUAGUCGGAGAAAAGGGGUCGUUAAGUGGGGGACAAAAGGCGCGGAUAAACUUGGCUCGUACUUGCUAUCGAAAUGCGGACAUCUAUUUGCUGGACGAUCCACUGAGCGCAGUCGAUGCUCAUGUAGGUGCACAUCUAUUCAACAAAUGCAUCGGACCCGGAGGCUAUUUGGCACGAACGAAUAAGACUCGUAUUUUGGUUACGCAUCAAGUCCAUUUUCUCAAAGAUGCUGACUGGAUUGUCAUGCUAAAUGACGGCAAAAUAGAAGUGCAAGGCACUCAAAGUGAUCUGGCAAACAGUGGAAUCGAUUUUGCGAAACUCAUCGGUGGAUCGACGGAGAAGGCAGCUGAUAAAACGGUUGGGCAAAUCACUCGGCAAUCGUCGACGACAAGUGUGGCAUCCAACAAAACUUCGCAAUCGGACAGUGAAAAUGAAGGUGACGGAAAAGUGGGAGGUAAGGACGAAGGUUUGCAAAUGGAAGAGACUUCGAAAGGAAAAGUCAAGGGAUCGGUUGCAUGGAACUACUUUUCGGCUGGCGGUCAUUGGAUGAUUCUAAUUGUGUUGGCGCUAUCGUUUUUGAUUGUUCAAGUGUUCGUCAGUGGAGCGGAUUACUGGGUGUUUGUGUGGGUUAGACAGGAACAAUUGCGAGCAAGCACUCAGCAAGCGGAUGGCAUUGAGUCUGGUCUGAGUACAGAACUCUGCAUUUACGUAAGCGCGGCUUUGGUGGGCAGCAUUUUUGUUUUUGGAAUUAUGAGAUCUCUCGGAUUCUAUGAAAUUUGUAUGCGCGCGUCGCAGAACAUCUGCAAUUCCAUGUUCAACGGAAUCAUAUCGACGAAACUGCGAUUUUUCGAUACGAAUCCAUCGGGCCGCAUUUUGAAUCGCUUCUCGAAAGACAUCGGUACAGUGGACGAGGGACUGCCGAAGGCGAUAAUGGAUGGGACUCAGAGUAUUCUAACGUUGCUUGGUUCCAUCGUGAUAACAGCCACGGUCAACGUGUACUUCCUGAUACCGAUCCUGGUGAUGGGCGCAAUUUUCAUGUUCAUCCGGAAAAUUUAUCUGAAAACUUCGAAGAACAUCAAACGAAUCGAAGGGAUCGCCAAAUCGCCUGCGUUCACCCACUUGUCGGCAACGUUAAGUGGACUGUCUACGGUACGUGCCUUCAAUGCUGAAGAUCUACUGCAAAGUGAAUUUGACAAUCACCAAGACACCCAUUCAGCUUGCUGGUACAUGUUCGUUUCGGCUGGUUCAGCUUUCGGAUUUUCACUGGACAUUUUGUGCUGGAUAUUUGUCGCUUGCAUCAUUUGCUUCUACUUGGUCUUUGAUGCGGGUGCAUCGAGUGAAACAGUUGGAUUAGCCUUAACGCAAGUCCUGAGCAUGACUGGCUUGUUACAGUGGGGUGUCCGACAGAGUGCAGAGAUCUUGAAUUUGAUGACCUCAGUCGAACGAAGUCUCGAGUACCGUGAUCUUGAACCGGAAUUACAGCCAGAAAAACCUCAAGAAGUUGGAAAGAGUUGGCCGGCAGAUGGAAGCAUCGAGUUCCGUAAUGUUUUCUACAAAUAUUUCGAGACAGCUGAACCGGUGCUACGAAACCUAUCGUUCAUCAUCAAAUCCAGAGAGAAAAUUGGUAUUGUCGGCCGUACGGGUGCUGGCAAAAGUUCAUUAAUUGGUGCCAUCUUUCGACUGGCCUGCAUCGAGGGAAAAGUCCUAAUAGAUGGAGUGGACACUGGCAGUAUUCGAUUGCAAGACUUACGAAAGCGUGUAGCUAUCAUUCCUCAGGAUCCGGUUCUAUUUUCCGGAACAUUGAGAAGGAAUUUGGAUCCGUUCGAAGAAUACCCUGACGAUGAGAUUUGGAGUGCUCUGGAGAAAGUUGAAUUGAAAGAUUCUGCUGCUGGUGUGGCAGGACUUCAAUCGCAAGUAUUGGCUCGUGGUGCAAAUUACUCGGUUGGACAACGUCAAUUGUUGUGCUUAGCACGGUCCAUUUUGCGCAAAAAUAGAAUUCUCUUGAUGGACGAAGCAACAGCUAAUGUUGAUCCACAAACGGACGCAUUGAUUCAGCAAACUAUCAGAGAGAAGUUUGCCAAUUGUACCGUUAUAACCGUUGCGCAUCGUUUGAACACAAUUAUCGAUUCGGAUCGCGUUCUUGUUAUGGAUGCUGGUCAGGCUGCUGAAUUCGAUGAACCUUACAUACUGUUGCAGAACAAAACUGGCAUUUUCCACGGAAUGGUUGAAGCGCUGGGAACAAACGAAUUUGAAAAAUUGUCGCUGAUUGCCGAUAAUAAAUUCAAGUGUGACCAUGGUAAAAAGGAAGCUUAAUCGAUCGCCACGGUGCGGUUGAAUGGAAUUUAAUUGAAUUUUGGAAUGGAAUCUUGGAGCCCCCAACAGGAAUACAAUUUGGUGCAGCGGGAUCCAUGGCAUACUAGGAUGCAUUGGGCGUGUUGGAAAAGCGAUUGGGGUAUGAAUUGAUAGAGACAGGAAUUCUGUAAACAAUGGUGCAAAUUGGUCCCAUGAAUGCAAAGGAAGCGGGCAGACAUUUGUUGCAGUUUAAAAACUACGAUUUUCGGAAGGUCGUGUACGCGACCGAGCGGAAUUUUUCCAAAAAAAAAUAAAAAUUUUUGUGAUUAGUAGCCGAUUAGUAGAAAAUUCCUUUCGUUGGUUCCUGACGUACACGACCUUCCGAAAAUCGUAAAUUUUAAACUUCAACGAGUCUCUGGCCGCUUCUCUUGCAUCAAAGAUACCAUUUCUUGUACCAUUGUUUGCAGAAUUUCAGCCACUAUCAAUUGACACCCCAAUCACUUUUCCAACACGUCAUCUGCAUCCUUGGAUGCCAUGGGCUCUGCUGCACCAAAUUGAUUAAUAAUAUCCAAAAAUAUCAACGAUGCAUUGUAAGGUCAAUUAAAUUCCGUUCUCUCGCACCGUGCCGUUGGAGAGAAAUUUUUUCUGUGAUUUUUUUACACGAAUAUUUGUACUUAAGAAAGCGAAACGUUACUCAAGGUCACAAAAUCUAUUUUUUCUGUUGUAUACACGAAUGUUGAUAAUAAAUGAUAUUACGAGCAA